GGGACAUAACUUCCAGGUGACGGAUGCCCCGCGACGAGUCCGGGCGAGCCCUGCAGACUCUGUGAUGAAAUUCAAAAUGAGUAAAAAAGACACUUUACUUUGACAUCGAGGCGGCACGUGGCGCGGGGACCACCCUAAACACGGCGUGUCAACUUGUGGACGUACUUACUUCCCCCACUCUCCGCAGCUCCGCACAUGAGGAGUUCAAGUGCGCUCCAAAGUUGCUGAUGCCAACAAGUUAUUUACUUCCAGAGCUUCCACCCAGCAGCCAAUCGUCAUGUUGGAUACAUUUGCGAUGCAGAGCGCCGGCGUGGCCGUCUCCAGCGCGGAGCUCCAGCUCAAACUGACCGACAACAAGAGCAGCCCGGCCGCAGCAGGGAUGGGGAUGGAGAAGGACAACGAGAAGAAACUCAUAGAGAUAACUGGUCCGGCUUUAUCCAAAAGAAAACUUCUGGUCGGCUUAGACCUCCUCUGCCUCUGCCUGGCUUCCAUCCCGUUCUUUGCGUGUGAGCUGAAGGCAGUGAGUCCCUACAGGAGGGGCUUCAUGUGCGGGGACCCCAGCAUCACCUUUCCUUAUCUGCAUCGAGAGGCCAUACCGGAUGAAUUACUCAUCGCCGGUGGCAUCGUCAUCACGGGCCUCACUAUCGCCCUCGGGGAGAGCUACCGAGUCCGUUUCCGCGGCGUCAGCUCCAAGGCCUUUGUGAGGAACCUGUAUGUGUCCUGUCUGUACAAGGAGCUGGGCUGCUUCCUGUUUGGCUGUUGUGUCGGCCAAUCGCUGACCAACAUGGCCAAGCUGAGCGUCGGGCGGCUGCGACCGCACUUCCUGUCUGUGUGCGGCGUCACCUAUGCGUCACUGAACUGCACGCCUGGAACCUACGUCGCAACGGUGACCUGCCGCCAGCCCGACCACCGGUUGGAAGAGGAGGCCAGGAUGUCCUUCUUCUCUGGUCACGCUUCCUUUGCGAUGUACACAUUGCUCUAUUUAGCAUUUUACCUCCAGGCGCGGUUGACGUGGCGCGGGGCGCGGCUGCUGAGGCCGUCUCUGCAGUUCUUCCUGGUUCUGCUGGCGGUCUACACGGGUCUGACCCGCAUCUCAGACUGCCGGCACCACUCGUCCGACGUCCUGACGGGCUUCAUACAGGGAGCCCUCACUGCUUACUGGGUGGCCUUUCACAUCUCGUCCAUGUUUAAAAGCUCCGGUUCGGAUCUGUCUCCGACCGAGACCCCGGACAGCCCCUUGUCGCCGCACCACACCGUCUGCUAAACCUCACCUCCACCUCCACCCACAUGCGGCCUGUAGCUUACCUUGGAUAGACCAGACAUUUGAAGAACGUGAGACCAUUUCCUGUGAAGUCAAACCACAUACCUCAUUUGGACAGUGCGAGAGAGAGAGGGAGAGAGAGAGAGAGGGAGGGAGAGUAGAGCUCUUGACGUAUACUGUAUGUGGCUCAUAAGACAAACCAUGUGACCUGGGAGCCUGUCCUGUUGUCCAUGUGCCUGACCUUAGCUUCACAUGCGAUACUUACCUGUGAGAUGAGACGGCAGCAACCACUACCACUCUACACCUGUAAAUAUAUACAGAUUUGUACAUUUCAAAUGAUACUGUAAAAGCACUUUUAGAUUUUUUUCAGUAUUAGUAAUUAACACUUUAUAAAAAAUUGCACCGUAGGAUGUCAAAUAUUUUAUACAAACAUGUAAUAUAAAUUGUAAUGUAGCUUUUUAAAAAAUUUUUUUACAUAAA